GCGCGCUUAGGACGUCCAUCACGGCAGGUCCAGAGACACCCGCCUGAGCACUCCAUCGCGUGAAGAUGGCAAACUUCGACUCUAGCGACUACUACGAGAACUUAGGCCUUCAGCGAGACGCGACGGAAACGGACAUCAAAGCUGCGUAUCGCAAGUUGGCGGUCAAGUACCAUCCAGACAAGAACCUCCUCCAUCGAGAAGCAGCUGAAAAGAAGUUUAAAAUCGUUGGGGAAGCGUACAAUGUGUUGUCCGACCCGAAGACUCGUCGUCGAUACGACGAGUUCGGGAAAGAAGGAAUUGAAGAUCACGCACAGCCCGUGACGCUAGACAUGGCGAUGGAGAUCUUUCAGGAGUUUUACCGAUUCGGCGACGCAAUGGAUCCCAGUGCUCCCGUUGCUUCCAAAGGAAUCAAACGCGUCGCCGUUGGGUUGGUGUACGCACCUGCGAAAGGUCUGUUGUAUGGUGGUCGAGCAAUUCUCGGUGGAGUCGUGGUUGGCACCACUGCCGUUGCCGUCGGCUUGAGUGGCAUGGCCGUUAGCAUUGGCAUGGGCGUCAAGGAAAUGGGCGAAGCCAGCAUUAAUUGCGUGUCCAAGUCGUCGCAAGAACGUCGUCGGCGAUCUAGCGGCCGCUCCGACAGCCACCGCCCCUCAAUCAGUGCCUCAGAGCAUUCCCACUGCUCCGAGGCGCCAAACAACGAAACGCCGCCGGCAGAGCAACAAGAAAACCAUGUCCCGACCUUUAUCGGAGGCCUGAAGAAGGCGACGGUGAGCGCGGUAGCCAUUCCUGUUGCGGCUGUUUUCAGCGGCGGGGCGUUUAUUCUUGGCGGCACGGCUCUCGCAGGUGGAUACUUGGUCGGCGGUAUCGCUGGCGCCAUGCAUAACGUCACGUCGGGGAUUCGUGAGAUCAAGGCUGCGUCCAAGCACAAGCAGUUGGAGGAUGGCGAUCCAAGUGCGGAGUUGUCGCCCGUUGCCGACGCUGCGAGCGCCGACUACAACCUUGCCACCACUGCUCACCCUGCUACGUCCCGACAGUCCCACGCUGCCGUCUAACGCGUCACGCGGGCCCGCGUGUGCUGAUUGUGACAAUCGAAGGAUUUGGCCAUAACUUAUCGACAUUUUUAUAUUGAUCCUUUCCAUA